AUGCUGCGUGGCCCUACCGAAGCGACUCGCUUCGUAAAUUGUGUUCGAGCUAGAUAUGAGCGGGAAAGUUACGGGCCGUGCGAUUGGUCGAUUGGGUGCAGCGAUGACGUGAUUGGGCUCCCUAUUGGCGGAGGGCGAAGUCUCGCGCUCCGUUGGUGGAAGAUGUCGGGCCUGCAGACAAGGAGCGAGGAUACUAUCAAUGGUGUCGACGUACGGGAACAGGGCAGCGCUUUAAGAGUGGCGACCAACACUCCACACCUUGUCAGCCUAGGCACCGGCCGCCUUAGCACCGCCGUCACCUUGCACCCCAUCAAACAGGGCCGCGUGACCAUAGGCUCCGACCCGACAUGCGACAUCUACGUGGUGGGCACUGGUGUCGCGAGCGUGCACUGUCGCGUGGAGAACUCGCACGGCGUGGUCACCCUCUACCCGAUCAGCGGGAGCACGCUGCUGGACGGGCUGCCGGUGGAUAAGCCGACCAGGCUCUCGCAAGGCAGCAUGCUGACCAUCGGCCGUUCGAACUACCUCCGCUUCAAUCAUCCCGAGGAGGCGAAACUCAUGAAGUCGGUACUACCGUCGGGCCACGUCUCCAUGGCACCGAUACAGUUCCAGCCUAACGAGCAGUGCCUGCAGACCGGCUACACCAACCACACAGACUCCCAAUGCUAUCAGAGCAACCACACCCAGAAGAUAUACAAGGACCAAACCCUCUCCCAGUUGGACCGCGAGCUGGACAUGACGCUGCGGGAGAUGUCCAGGGUUCGACCGCCGAUCGCGCCCAAAGCCCAAACCCACCGGGAGCCAGAAAACGACCACUCCGACCAGGAGUCCAAACCGAAGACCGGCAUCAUGGCCAAGGUGUCCAAAUUCGAGAGGUACUCCCGCCAGCACUGCGUCGGCAGGAGCCAGUUCUACACCCAGAGCGGUAGCGAGAUCUCGCCGAAGGUGUUCAGCGCCAAUUCGCUGACGGUGAACACCCCCGCCAGGGACGUGCUGGGUGGCAGGCCCGUGCCGGAGCACAUCGCCCGCUGCCACGGGCUGCCACCCGUGCCCGUCCAUGGCAGUGGCAGCCGCCCAAACACCGACCACAGCCCGAGGGCGGCCGAGGGGAGAACGGAGAACCUUUACGGGCGCAUCAACCCUCUCGGCUGCGAAGCGCGAGCGGCUAUGGAGCCGUGCGAGGGCAGGUUCGAGGUUCUAGAAGCUUCCAGACACCAGCAGGGUGGGCGCGGCCGGCCCGAGGCUCUAGAAGCAUCUAGAAGGGACCACCAGCAAGGCAUUAGCGUGCCGUCGUCCGCCUACGACCGCAAUCCGCAGUACUCGCCGGUCUAUUCGAAUUGCCAGCACGACAGGAGCUUCGAAGCGGAGAGCAUGAGGAUGAAGGUAAAUCCCGCACUUACUUGUCCCUUCCUU